ACUACACUGUUUGCUUAUCAGGACCAAAAAGAACGUGACGUGUUUAUGCUCCACUACACCCAAUGGUCAGACCAUGAUGUUCCAGAACCGCUGAGUCUCGUCAUAUUUCAUCGUCACGUGAUGAAAAUUUCGAACGUACACCCUGGCAAAUACACGCUUGUUCAUUGCAGUGCGGGGAUUGGCAGAACAGGCACCUACAUCGCUCUGGACGCCCUCUAUAAGAAAGGGGAGAAAACUGGGAAAAUCAACGUACCAAAAUAUGUAGAAGCAAUGAGGAAUGACAGGAUGAAUAUGAUCCAAGGCAUAGACCAAUACAAAGUUGUCUACCUGGCAUUACUUGAAGCGUUCAGAGGGAAGUCCAGGUCUAUCUCAAAAGAAACAUUUCUACAGGAGUUCCAGGAACACUCUUGUUAUAUCAACCUCGGAGAGGUGGCCAACAAGUCUCCAUUAUCUGCAGAAUAUCAGGAAUUAGUGUUCAUACAGAAAAAAUACACCUCCGACGAUUACAAAUCAGGGAGAACAUUUGUAUCAGCAAAUUAUUCUCCUUCUGUUUUACCUGUUGAAAGGUAUACGUGUUUUUUGACAAACACAGAAGGAAAGAACAUCUAUUAUAAUGCAGUUUCCAUCCAGGUAUUUUACAAGCCUUGCAUUAGCAUAUAUCGUCAUGUUUCUUUUGGUCUUCCUCUCUUUCUCUUACCAGUUGGUGUCCAUCUCAAUGCAACCCUUGGGAUAGAGGUUGGCCCAAGUAAUUCCUGUCCGCUUAUUCUUGGAGGUUUCUCGCAUGAUCCAGUCAAUGCAGAAUGUGAAGAGAAGAGGGAAGAGCAGACAUCCAUGUUUUACUCCAGUCUUCAAUUUAAAAUCCUUUGA